GCUUUAAUUCCUCCACUGUCAUGACUGAUGAUAAUUACCUGUAGUGGGAGUAACAAGAAUUUAAAGAAUGAUCUGUCUGUCACUACUGUCAUAUGAUCAUUUGUCAGGGAAUGAAAAUGAAAGCUGCUCUGCCUCUUAGCUGCCAUUUUUAUUUUGUCAGUGGUCGAUCAGAUGUGGUGAAAUUAAAAUUGCCCGUGAACCAACAUCCUCUCUGCAUUUAAAAAAUGGAUCAUAAUUCAAUGUGAAAAACUGUUACGAGCUUUGCUGUACUUUUUGCUGAUUGUGAAAUGAGAUGAAGGUGUUUGUGACUUUUCUGCUCCACGUACACGCUUUCCAGCAUACACUGGCUGUUGUGGUGCAGGCGUAUGAGGGGGAGCCGCCCACCCUGUUGCCGUUCAAGUUUUAUGACCAUUUUACUAUGAUGCCUGAAGACCCCAUAGUAUCUUGGAUUCGCAGUGAUCUCAAUCCCAAAAUUAUCCAUCAACUUAACGAUGAUGGUGAUGAUCUUAAAGAGCAGAAUGAACAUUACAAAGGACGCACAUCGAUGAAAACUAAUGCUCUUGACUCUGGAGACUUCAGCCUCACUCUGGAAAAACCACAAAUAUCUGACAGCAGCAACUACACCUGCACCAUCUGGACGGGAUAUGAAGAGCUGAGAUUAAUAGAAAUACAGCUGCAGGUCAAAGAUGAUCAGAAGGUGGUGGUGGAAGCACAGAAGGGGGCGGAGUCUGUCAGGCUGCCCUGUAAAACGUCACCUCAUCUGCCUGAAGACACCAGAGUGGAGUGGACUCUCCUUGACCCUGUAAAGAUGUUGGUCCAAGUGGUCCGUGUGUAUCAGAAAAAGUGUGAUGACCUUAGAACACACACCUCAUGGGCUCACACAGAGAUGGAUAGAGACCUGCUGACAACUGGAGACCUCAGUCUGACCAUUAAAUAUCCCACAGACAGAGACAGAGGAACAUACAUCUGCACCUUCUAUGUGAAAGGAGACACCAUGAAACAGAGAGUAGAGCUACAUCCUGCCACAGAGAAUGUUCCAUCCUGGAUCGUAGCUCUCCUUACUGUCAUUUCUGCUGUAGUUAUCAUCACUGGAUUUGUCUUAUUUUAUUUACGAGCCCAUAUUAAAUCAGAUGUAAAAAGAGUAGAGGUUGAAUCAGGGGUGGAAUCUGUCCAGCUGCCCUGUAAAUCAACCACAGCCUAUCUUAUGAAGGACAUCAGAGUGGAGUGGACCGACAGUGACAACGACAUAGUUUACCUGUAUGAAAACGGCUCUAAAGCCUCUAGUCAAGAGUACCAGAUGUAUAGCAGCAGAACAGAGAUGGAAAGAAAUCAGGUGAAAACCAAAGAUUUCAGUCUGACCCUGAAAUACCCCACAGAUAAAGACAACUACACCUACACCUGCACCAUCUACAGCAAUGACAAUAAAAUCCUGCUGAAGAAACGAGUGGAGAUGAAGGUCAAAGUUUGUCAGGUGGAGGUGGAGGAGGGGAAGGAGUUUGUGGUGCUGCCCUUCAUAACCACACCUGAAUCGCUUGAUGGCGUUGAAGUGAGAUGGUUUUACUACAAAGAUAACGAAUGCAAGGAGCUCCUUGUUUAUUCAAGGGAUUCUGUUGAACACCAUGUUGAUUACAGAAACAGAACAGAGAUGAAUGAAAACCCACUGGGAUCUGGAAACCUCAGUCUGACCCUGAAAGACCCCAAAGACACUGACAGUGGAAAAUACAGAUGUUUUGUUAAGAAAAAUAAAGACAUAAUCACAAUGAAAACGGUGCUCCUAAAAGUCAAAGUCUCCUCUGCAGACAGAGCUCAGCAUAAAGAAGAAAGACAAAGGAACCAAGACUUGUUCACUGAUCCAGUUCCUCUGAUGACCACUCAUGAAGUCUGAUUGCUCUGUACAUCUUACCUUGCUUUGAAAGGACAUGGAAAUCCAGGACCAAAGAUAAAAAAAUUACUACAGAUAAGAAGGCAAUUCAUCUGUAACACUGAAAUUUCUUUUUUGUAAUCAUUUUUUAUCACUUAUACCACUAUAAUUUUUAAUGAAAAUGCUGCACAUUGAACUGGAAGAAAUAUGGAGAACCUCCGUUCCAGGAAUGGAUGACGGCAGUUGGAAAAGUAGCAGCAUUUGAAAGAAUGUCAAACAAGAUGCAGGACAAGACAGAAACAUAUCAUAUGAAAUGGAGCAAAUACCUGGAAUCUUUAUAUCUCAAAGACUAAAGGCUAAGAGGAUUCACACUGAAAAGACAAUGAUCACAUACCUUAUGUAUGUAUGUGUGUAUAUUAUAAAUAGACACCUUUGUGUAGAUAUGUAUGGUGUAUGUAUAUAUUAUAUACAUGGAUACUUAAAGUUGAUGUGUGUGAGAUAAAAGUCACAAUAUCAAUAUGAAGACCCCUUCUGGUUACGGGUGGGUGAUUUGCCGAUGCUCUAAUGUUAGUAUUUGAUGUGUGAUGUGAUAUGUUUGGAAAAAGUUAA